GUGUGUGGGGGUCCUAAGCUGUUCACCAGACAAUCCCAGACCACAGUUGCCCAUAUAGUGCAGGGGUGGUGUGUUGUUUUUGUUGUUUUCCUGGGGCAGUGAGAGUGAGUGUGUGAGUGAUGGAUCCUGAGGCAUUUCUGGAUUUGGCCAACCAGGCCACCAAGCUCAAAAUGUUUCCCUACUUUGACAUUGCUCAUUCUGCCAUCAGCUGCUUGUAUGUCAGGGAAGACCUUGGAGCAGGAGCUCUCCAGUUCUCCAGGAAACACCCACUGGCCUGUUGGCUCUCAUGCAUGUUGUCCAUCUUUGCUGGGGGCAUAUUUGCAGCUGUAUUGCUGGGUGAACCCCUGUUGGGGGUGUUCAAAAGCACUGACCAACUCCUUAUAGCCACAGCAGUCUGGUAUGUGGUCUUCUAUACACCAUUUGACAUUGGAUACAAAGUGCUCAAGUUCCUGCCUAUCAAGUUGCUGCUGGCUGCCAUGAAGGAAGUGUACAGGUGCAAGAAGGUUCAUGAUGGUGUGGUGCAUGCUGCAAAGAUUUACCCCAAUGGCUAUGUGGCCAUGGUUGUCAUUGGCACUGUGAAAGGAAAUGGUGCUGGGUUCCUCAAGAUCUUGGAGAGGUUGCUGAGAGGUGUUUGGACACCCACUGCCUUGGAGAUCCUUCACCCAACCUUCCCAACCAAGGCUUGCUUCAUUGCAUCAAUCAUCUUCCUGGUGGAUAAGAAAACAGAGCUGAUCUCUGCCCCUCAUUCCCUUGUGUACUUUGGGAUUGUCAUCUUCUUUGUAUACUUCAAGUUGUCCUCUGUGCUGCUGGGCAUCCAUGACCCCUUCAUCCCCUUUGAGAACAUCUUCUCCAUGCUGUUCCUGGGAGGCAUCUGGGAUGCCAUGCAGAAGGCCAUGUCAGGCACUGGCUCACCCAAGACUGACACUGGCAACUCUUCAGCCUCAGAGGCCUCCAAGUCAGAGGCACAGAAGAAGAAGGACUGAAGUGAAUACCAUGUGUUGGAUCCCCCCUUUUUGACAGUAUAGUCCCCUGGCUCUGAGGUCCAGGGGGGUCAGACACCUUUAUUAUUUUUUCCUUUUUGCCCUUUUUUUUGAACCUUGGCCAUCUAGUCUCCAGGGCAUUGGGUCAGUUUGGUUGGACAUCUUUGCGCGGGUUUCUCUUGCCCAGUGCCCUCUGGGAGACUUUGGUAUUCUAUAUGUGUGUGAGUGGUGUGUGAUGAUGUGGAUGGGACACCUGUGCAUGUUAAGAAGAAGAAGAAAGAAAACAAAGAAAGGGAAAGAAACAAACUUUCUUGCAGACUA